AUGGGUAACGGAGCCAAAGCGCAGCAGAAACGCGACAGGAAGGGCGAUGCCGGUCCCAAGGAAGCAAAGAGCCAACUGAAAGCCAACGCCGCCGCCCAGACCAUCAAGUGCAAAACCUGCUUCCAAACGUUCCAGGGCACCACGAGCCGCAAGAUGCUUACCGAUCACGCAACCAACAAGCACAGCAAGGAGUUCGACGUCUGCUUCAACGCCGACGAGGGUGUUGUGAAAUAA